AUGGCGCUACACAAUUUUAAAAAUGAAAGCGAACAUGAAUUUCACUACGGAAACGUUGAGAAGAUAUUUUUCUUUGAUUGGAACGAAAUCGAAAGUCCGGUGAGUUUAGUUUUGAGCAUUUAUUUGAGAGUGAAAGUUUAUAAUGUUUUUGAAGACCCCUUCAGAAUUGUUGAAUUUAUAUUUCGUGAAUUUCAAGCUUUGCCACCCUAUUUUUAUUUCUAAAUUCCAAUCAAAACCUCUUUUCUUGCAGUUCGAUAUUCUUCCAAUGGAAAUGAAAACAAUGAUUUUCCUAUAUUUGGAUCCGGAUGACAUAACUCAAUUUGGAAAAUGCUCAAAAAGUUGUCAAAAAUUAUUCAAAUUAUUCCGACCAAAAAUCAAAAGUGUAUAUUUUCGAGGAAAUACAAUUAGACCAUUGAAAAAUUAUCAAAAUUAUUUGAUACAAGUCCAAUUUCAUGGAUAUCCGUGGAACAUAUAUGAAGUUGUAGUUGAAACAUUGAACUCAAUCAAUUCGAAAAAAACUCGCUUGAAAAAAUUAUCGAGAAGAAAUACUCAAGAUUACCACUAUUAUACUCAAGAAUCCACUGUUAUACUCACGAAGUUAGUUUUUUUUGUUUGGCUGAAUUUUAGAAAAUUUAGUCACCACGAAAUUUUGAUCCAAUAAUGAUCGUGUUUUUCAUUUUAUUGAAAUUUUGCCUUAAAAGUUAUGACGUGACAAAAUAUAAGCAGAUUUUUAAAAGUCCAAACUCACAGCGAAAAAAUAAUAAUUUUUUGUUUCCGUGUGAUACGGUGCCUUCGGAAAUCUUCGAAAAAAACAAGAAACAAUUUCCGCAAUGAAUUUUUUUGAGACCUUCGGAUUUCGAAUCUUUGUAUUUAGAUACCACCGUUCAAACCCGAAAUUUCGUCCAAUGAAUGCUCUUGAAAUGUUCAAAAAUAUUAUUGAAUUCAACAAAUCAUCGAUUGAUGAAAUUUCAAUUGAAGCAACUAUUAUUGUAAGUUUUUUUCAAAAAAUGUCUGGGAAAGCAAAUUUUUAUUUAUGGGGUGAGUCAAUCGAAUUAAUCGACGUGUUUUUUGCGAUUAAUUGACAAAAAAAGUGAGUCUUUUAGGGCGAUUAAUUUCACGUUUUUGUCAAUUCCUCGCUUUCAUUUCUUGGUAAAAAAUGCGAUUAAUUGCAUAAAAAAUAGAAUUUAUUUGACCUAUAUUUUAAAACGUGACCUAUAUGAGUUGGUAUUAUCAAUAAAAAAUUGUCUUCUCUCAAUUUUCUUUCAUUUCGAAAUGAAUCCAAAAAAUAAGCAGUGAAUUUGGGACACGUUUCAAAAAAGAGGUCAAAUAAAUUCUAUUUCAUAUUGAAAUUCCUCAUUUUUGAAUGCAAUUAAUUGCAAAAAAAUAUGGAAUUAAUCGACAAAAACGUGAAAAAAUCGCACAAAAAUGACUCACUUUUUCUGUCAAUUAAUUGACAAAAAAUAAAAUUGACUCACCCCAUUAGCCGAGAUCGUCCUUAACUUUGAACCUAAAGAUCUUUUUAGGAAUCAAAACACAUGAGAUCGAUCGAUAUUUAUUCGGAAAACUUGAAAGUAUUGCGAAUUGAUGGCUAUUUCACAGAUCAUCCACAAUGGAAUCAAUUUCUCUCGGUUGAAUUUCUUGAGAUGAAAAAUUUCAAAAUUAGCUCGCAACAUUUUCCAAUGAUAAAAUCAAAGUAUCUUGCGUUGGACAGAACAGUUAUGGACAAACAAUUAUAUACACUAUUUUUAAGACAUUGGAGGGAUGGAUUGAUGGAAAAUUUGAGAGAAGUUUCGAUGGUUGGAGAUGAACAUACUUGGUUUGAUUAUUUGUUUGUUGAUUAUACGAUGCUAAGAUUUGUGUCAGGAGGAGAUAGGGACUCAUUGGACCCGUGAGUUGAUAAAAAUUAUAGACCUAUCAUAUUUGAGUUAACACCGUAAAGUUUUCAAACGUGUUCAUAAACGUUGAGAAUUAUUUUCAAAAUUCGUGUCAUAACUUUAAUUAACAAAAUUAAUUCCGAUUUUUUUCAAAUUCCAAAAACUUCUGAAGUACUCGAGCCACUUUUUCAAAAUAUAUUUUUGCAGCAGAAAUCAUUCAUUAAGAUGUGUUGUUGUUUGCUCGCUAUCAGUAGAUUUCAGUAUCCAAGGAGUUUUGAUUGAUGAUAUUAAUAAUUUGCCUGUUCGAUUGAAUCUGAGGCGAAAGGAUUUUUAA